AAUAGACGAGUCGUCGUUCCUGGAAGACUUGUGGUUGACCCAGAAACCAUCUGAUCAACAGCUUCGUCUACAGAGUGAAUUGAGAUUCAUUUGAUACUCUAGCCUACAUUAGAUCCAGCCAGACUUACAUACAUCAACCAGAUUUAACGUCGUACUGUGAUUGGAAAGAUCUGAGUAUGGCUUUCAAGCUAAUUAUCACUCUGCUUGGACUGAGUCUCACUGGUCUUGUUGUUGGACGUUGCCCUCAACCCGAAGCUCUCCCGUACAAAGUACAAACGAAUGCGGGGAACAAAUUCCUUUGUGCGCGCCUCUAUGAUCACGGUCACAGAGACAAACUGUUAUCAUGCACUGGAGGCACGUGGGAUGUUCUCAACGGGGAGACCUAUCCGGGUAGAUCUCGUGAUGGGUGGAAUGACCGCGUUUCUUCGCUGGUUGUACGACCGGGUUGCACUUUGACUGCCUACAAAGACGGCCAAUUUAGCGGACCUAUCAUGAGAUAUACCGGCAGUAAACCUCAUCUUGGAGGUUGGACCAAUUAUAUGUCUUCGUGGACAUGCGAUUGUCCCUACACUGACGCUCCGUUGAACUGUAGACCGGAAGAUAGGGUUCUUACGAUGAAAAUUUGCCACAAUCCCGAUUCCUUGACCAUGUCGUGUCAGUAUUCUGUACAAAAAGGCAUGGUUUUAGGAAGGUCUGUCACUGAAGGAGCGAGUGUGUCUACUACCGUAGAAGUAUCGGUGGGAGCCGUCUUUAAGGAGAUUUUCUCAGUUGGGUUGUCGGUGUCAACUACUACAACGCAUGACUGGUCGAGGAGUCAGAGCGAGGAGUUCAGCGAGGUCACUACUCACACAGUUACUUGUACGGUUCCAGGCGGUCGUCGCGUGGCAGUGAAACAAGUCGUCGGCGUAUGUGGGGACACAAAAGUGUUCAGCAAUGAGUAUAGGUGUGAAGUAUUAGAUGCUACCAAUGAGGGAUAAAUGAAAACACCUGGACAGAUGGGACCGGUGACGAAGCCAAUCUGACAAGAAUAUCAUGAAUAUACGAAAGUAGUGCAUUGUUCGGCGUAUCAACUGAUCAGUACACAUCAAAAUGCGAUUCGUUGUAUGAGUGCUCAAAUUUUACAUUAACUUGUAUUUGGUUUAAAUAGUCUUCCUUAAGUUUGGUAAACUGGUCGAUUCAGACAUUAUGUCUUUCUCCUUUUCAAAUAUUUGACAUAAAAUAAUUUCCGUUAGAUUCCUCUGUUUUUUUAUUGGUACUCGAAAAUUGACUCCAUAAGUAUUUAUCUUGUAUGGGAUGUUUUGAAUGAGCUUUUAAAAUUCACAUGAUUCAAAUCAACUGUAUGUGAUCUUAACGUGGUAAUCAUUCGUCUGUUGAACUUAAGAUGGGUUCUCUGGUAUCGUUCUUAAUAGCAAUUUGAUCUUCCAACAGUAGAAUUACGACAAGAAGCUUAUUGAAAAUAGAGUAAUUUAAUCAUACACUUCAUAUUGCCAAAAUAGGUAAAGUCGUAAUGUUGAAUAGAAAACUAGACAUACAUGACAUAAGAGUUUCUUUGACGCCAAUUUUUUACCGGAUUACUUUUUUUCACCAAGUCUGGUCAAUGUGCUCAUGAUACUUGACUGAACCCCGUAGCUCUCUGUCUCCUCUCUCUCUACACAUACACCCGUACACCGUCACCCCCUCACACUGACACAGGUCUCAUCACACACACACACGUGCACCCACCCACUCCCACACACAUUCAACGCACCCCCACACACAUUGUUUUUCAACAUUUUUUUUACAAGCAGAACGUGAUUAUUAUGAUAUUUGAUUUGAGACCAUUAAUGAAAUUAAAACCAAGAUCAUUCAACGCAUUAUCAAGUACUCCACUAUAUUUCGAAAAUAUUAGUCACCCCCUCCCAUUUCUGCAUGGUUUGAAAGAUGAUAAAAGUCAAGCAUUUUAAUACAUCCAGGUAAGGGGCUCAGAAAUUCUUACUCUUUAUUCAUGUUAUAAUAAAUACCAUUAACUUGAUACAGGAUUGUUCUUUUUUAAAGCAACAACUUACUAUUUUUUCAAAUAAUGAAUUUACCUCCAUUUAAAAUUGCAUGAGUUUCCUGAUAUAGAUAAUAACUAUGUGGUAUGUUGAGGUUGUAAUAUUUUAAAUGCGUCUUCACGAUGCUAUUCAUUUUCUUUAAAUAUGUUUUCCUACGUUUAAUAAAAGUAAUUUCCAGUCGGUAAAUAUCCAAUUUGAUUUACGGCUUUGUAUACAUCAGUCAUUCCAUUAAGCAUUAAUAAGUGAUGAUUUCAUUUCUUGUGUUUAAUGUAAUUCCUCUUAGUACUGCUUCUGUUUCAUCUCGAACAGUUACAUUGUCAUAUCAAUCUCUUCCUUGCGAAUCAUGAAUUCAACUUCUCCUUUAUUCAACUUUAAACCAAUUCGUUGCUUUAUUUACCCUGGAAGAUAUUUACUAAUAAUUAACAGUGCUUUGGUCAGUAACUCUAUGAUCACUUUGAAUAUUAUUCUCAAUCGGAGAAUUCUGAUGUUCAUCGCUUGUUAUUUAUGGUGGAAGGUAUUAUAAUAAAAAAAUCAAUCAUUGAUUUAUCAAUAU